GCCGCCGUCCCCGGGAGAGCCGCGCGCGGGGCCGCCGCUGCCGCCACAGCCCCGCACCGGCACCGCCGCCCCGCCGGCAGCGCGGGGGAGGCAGCGCCGAGCCCCCGCCCCUGCUCCCGCUCGGGUUUUUUUGGAAUUUUUUUCCUUUCCCCUUACCCUUCCGAUUUUUCAGAUUUGCCGGUUUCUCCCCUCUCCCCCGGUGCCCGUGGGAGAGGCGCUGCGGCCGCCAGAAGGCACCGCGGCGUAGCGGGAGCGGCGGCCGGGUGCAUGAGCGGCGCGGCUGCCGCCGGCCGUGCCUUACCGCCGGGGCUCCGCCGCUGGGAGGCGAGGCGAGCCGGGAGCGCCGCCGCAGCCCGGUCCGCCCCGGGCAGCCCGCUCGCCGCGCCCCUCGGGCAGGGGAUGCUCCCGCCGCCGCCGGCUGCCGCAUCCCUGCGAGCCUGAGCCUUCGCCAGCUCCCCGCCGACCGGCCCGCGGCGAAGCGCCCGCCCUGCGCCCGGCCCCGAGCGGCGGGGGCCGGGCCGGAGCGGUGCGGGCGCGCUGCGAUGCGGCUCCCCCGCGGCGCCCCGAGCCCCUGCGGCCGCCGCGGCGCGGCUGAGGGCGAGCGGCCGUGAGCCGAGGGCGUCCCGGUGCCCGCGGUGCCGAGCGCGCUCGGCGGUGUCCAAGUGCCGGGGCCGGCGAUGGCACUGCCCUGAGCGUCCCGCCGGGGACACCCCGGCUCUGGGGACGCCCGGCCGUUCCGGAGACUUUCGGGGCGUUUGCGGGUUUUGCCUUUUUUCUUUCUUACAUUUUUUUUUUUUCCCACUCAUUUCUUUUUUUCCUCUUUCCCCGCUGCCUUUUGAGAUUUUCUCCCGGCGGCUCGUCCCCCGCGCCUGCCCGGCGGUCAUCCCCUCGCCCGCGGCCCCGUCCCUCAGGGCAUGUCCCGGUCCAACAGCGUCAGCCCCCCGGGCUUCGGCGGUCCCGCGCCCUGGGCAGGCACCGAGCAGCACCGCUCGGCCUGGGGCGAGGCGGAGGCCCGGGCCAAUGGCUACUCCUACCCGCCGCCUCCCAACAGGUCCUCGGGCAAGAAGGCCUCCCGCAUGUCGAGCAGGUGGAGGAGCGAGGAAGACUACGAGCCCCGGAACCGCGGGGAGAGCGGCUGCAGGAUGAUGAGCUUUAGGUCCAAAUCCGCCUGGCAGGAGCACGGUGACGACAGCCGACGUCACCGGUCCCGCCACCCGCCCGGCAGUGAUUCCCCCGCUGCCCCCAACAAUGCCAGCCCCCGGCAGCUGGGGGAGCAGGGGGAGGUACGGCCCCGCUCUGUGGAGUUGGGGCUGGACGAGAAACGCAUCAAGGCCAAGAUUGAGGAGCUGGAGGAAGAGGACGGGGACGAGGGGGACUCCGAGGCGGCCUUCUCCAUGGGCAGUUGUUGCAGUAGCCUGCUGCAAAUCUUCAGGUCCAAGAAGUUCCAGUCUGAGAAACUGGAACGUCUCUAUCAGCGCUACUUCUUUCGGCUAAACCAGAGCAGCCUCACCAUGCUUAUGGCCGUGCUGGUGCUGGUCUGUGUGGUCAUGCUGAUCUUCCAUGCCGCACACGGCCGCUAUGAGGUAUCCUAUGUGGUGGUGCUCUCCCUGGCCAUCGUGCUGAUGGUGGUGCUGUGCAUGGUGUGCAACCGCAACAACUUCCACCAGGACCACAUGUGGCUGGCGUGCUACUCUGUCAUCCUGGUGAUCCUGGCAGUGCAAGUGGUAGGGGUUCUGCUGGUGUGGCCCAGGAGCGCCUCAGAGGGCAUCUGGUGGACCGUCUUCUUUAUCUACAGCAUCUACACGCUGCUGCCAGUGCGGAUGAGAGCUGCGGUCAUCAGCGGGGUGGUGCUCUCCGCCAUCCACCUGGCCGUCUCCCUCAAGAUCAACGCGGAGGAUAAGUUCCUCCUGAAGCAGCUGGUCUCCAACGUUCUCAUCUUCUCCUGUACAAACAUUGUAGGCGUGUGUACCCACUACCCAGCAGAGGUGUCCCAAAGACAGGCUUUCCAGGAAACCAGGGAAUGCAUACAAGCCAGGCUGCACUCUCAAAGGGAAAACCAGCAGCAGGAGCGUCUCCUGCUCUCUGUACUUCCUCGACAUGUUGCCAUGGAGAUGAAAGCUGACAUUAAUGCCAAACAGGAAGACAUGAUGUUUCAUAAGAUCUACAUCCAGAAGCAUGACAAUGUCAGCAUCCUCUUUGCAGACAUAGAGGGUUUCACCAGUCUGGCCUCCCAGUGCACUGCUCAGGAGCUGGUCAUGACACUGAACGAGCUCUUUGCCAGAUUCGAUAAGCUUGCAGCUGAGAACCACUGUUUACGGAUCAAGAUCCUGGGUGACUGCUAUUACUGUGUGUCUGGGUUGCCAGAAGCAAGAGCUGACCAUGCACACUGCUGUGUUGAGAUGGGAAUGGAUAUGAUAGAGGCCAUCUCACUGGUCCGUGAGGUUACGGGCGUGAAUGUCAACAUGAGGGUGGGAAUCCACAGCGGGAGGGUUCACUGCGGCGUCCUGGGCCUUCGGAAGUGGCAGUUUGACGUGUGGUCCAACGAUGUCACACUAGCCAACCACAUGGAAGCAGGGGGCAAAGCUGGGCGCAUCCACAUAACAAAAGCAACCCUGAACUAUCUCAAUGGGGACUACGAGGUGGAGCUGGGCUUCGGAGGGGAGCGCAACGCGUAUCUGAAGGAGCACAGCAUCGAGACCUUCCUGAUCGUGCGGUGCAGCCAGAAGCGGAAAGACGAGAAAGCCACGAUAGCCAAGAUGAACCGCCAGCGUGCCAACUCCAUCAGCCACAACCCGCCGCACUGGGGCGUUGACCGGCCCUUUUACAACCACCUCGGAGGCCACCAGGUCUCCAAGGAGAUGAAGAGAAUGGGUUUCGAGGACCCCAAGGACAAGAGCACCCAGGAGAGCAUGAACCCCGAGGAUGAAGUGGAUGAGUUCCUGGGCCGCGCCAUCGACGCCAGAAGCAUCGAUCGGUUACGCUCCGAGCACGUGCGCAAAUUCCUCUUGACAUUCAGGGAGCCUGACUUGGAGAAAAAGUACUCCAAGCAGGUGGAUGACAGGUUUGGAGCCUAUGUGGCUUGUGCCUCCCUAGUCUUCCUCUUCAUCUGCUUUGUUCAAAUCAUAAUCGUGCCACACUCUACAUUUAUGCUGGGGUUUUACCUGACCUGUUUCCUGAUCCUGACCACAGUGGUGUUUGUUUCAGUCAUUUACUCCUGUGUAAAGCUUUUCCCAGUUCCUCUCCAGACUCUUUCUAAGAAGAUUGUACAGUCCAGGACCAAUAGUACCUUAGUUGGAGUCUUUGCCAUUAUCCUGGUUUUUCUGUCUGCCUUUGUCAACAUGUUCAUGUGCAGCACUGUGGAUCUUGCCAGCUGCAUGGCUGCUGAAUACAACAUCACUCCUGACCGGGUGGACAUAUGCCUUAUCAGCAACCUGACUUCCAACUACAGCCUGGGCACCUUGCAGGGAUUCUGUGACAGCCCUUUGCCCAACUGCAACUUUCCAGAGUACUUUACCUACAGUGUCUUAUUGAGUCUCCUGGCCUGCUCUGUGUUCCUUCAGAUCAGCUGUAUUGGAAAAUUGAUCCUUAUGUUAAUCAUUGAAUUUAUAUAUGUUCUCAUUGUGGAAGUGCCAGGGGUCAACCUUUUUGACAAUGCAGAUCUCCUGGUUACAGCCAACACCUACGUGUCUGCAAAUGAUACCUCUUCAUGCCCCCCGGUGACAACACGAGUGGCACUGAAGAUUGUGACCCCUGUCAUCAUCACUGUCUUUGUCCUGGCGCUGUACUUGCAUGCCCAGCAAGUGGAAUCCACUGCACGGCUUGAUUUCCUCUGGAAGCUUCAGGCCACCGAAGAGAAGGAGGAGAUGGAGGAACUGCAGGCCUACAACAGACGCCUCCUCCACAACAUCCUGCCCAAGGACGUGGCCGCGCAUUUCCUGGCGCAGGAGCGCCGCAACGACGAGCUGUACUACCAGUCCUGCGAGUGCGUGGCUGUCAUGUUCGCCUCCAUCAGCAACUUCUCCGAGUUUUAUGUGGAGCUGGAAGCCAACAACGAGGGGGUGGAGUGUCUGAGGCUGCUCAAUGAGAUCAUUGCUGAUUUUGAUGAAAUAAUCAGUGAGGACCAAUUCCGACAACUGGAGAAGAUCAAGACCAUUGGCAGCACCUACAUGGCUGCCUCAGGCCUCAACGACUCCACCUACGACAAGGAAGGGAAGACACACAUCAAAGCUCUGGCAGAUUUCGCCAUGAGGUUAAUGGACCAAAUGAAAUACAUCAAUGAGCAUUCAUUCAACAACUUCCAGAUGAAGAUAGGCCUCAAUAUUGGUCCUGUCGUAGCUGGGGUGAUAGGAGCCCGCAAGCCCCAGUACGACAUCUGGGGCAACACAGUGAAUGUAGCCAGCAGAAUGGACAGCACAGGAGUGCCUGACAGGAUUCAGGUAACCACAGACAUGUACCAGGUUUUAGCAGCCAACAACUACCAGCUGGAGUAUCGAGGGGUCAUAAAGGUCAAAGGCAAAGGAGAAAUGACCACCUACUUUCUAAAAGGGCCUCCAAUUAGUUAGCACCAACUGCAGCCCCGCACAGAGACGGAUUUUGCAUUACCCAGGAUUGUGAAUCGGAGAAGAAUCAUUUUUUAGCAGUGAAGCUGAACAUGCGGCACAGCUGAAAUUUCACCCCAUGACUCUAGAGCUGGUAUCAGCAAAUUCUUUGGCCACCCAUCAAGAAAGGCAAGAGAGAGAAACCACCUCGGAGUUGCUCCUGGCUGAGUGCUAAGCUGACCAAAGAUGUGCACUACGGAGUUCACAGAUAAGACAUGAAUUCGGCAUUUUUAAAAGGCUGCUACCACAGGAUGGCAUAAGAAGCUAUUUAAGUAUUUAUUGACGCAACACAACAUUUACUUGGUUGAAGGAAUGUAUGAUUCACUACAAAGCAUUAUUUUGGAAUGGAUUUGCACUCCCAUAAUAUUUCCAUCCCAUACUGCCAGCUAUUUGAAUUGUACCACUGUGCUUUUAUUAGCUGUUUUGAAUGGGCUUUCAAAACUGACACCCACUGUUGCAGCACACAAAAAGGCCUUUUAGAAGGGCAUUGGUAAUGUUUUAGUGUGAAAAGACAUUGUAGCCUUGGCCCCCUCUUUUCCCUUCUUCUCCGUGGCUAAAUGACUGCUCUUCUGAGGGGGCUGGCACACCUGAUGGAGGGGAAGAUCAGGAUAAAGGAAGAUGGCUCUACAACCAUAUUUAUUAAAAAGUCAUCUGUGCUCUUCUUUGGUAUCUAUCAGUUUACAUGGGAAAGACUAGAUGUAAACAAGAGACACUUUGUGGGGGGAACUCCCCUGAAAUUUGUUGUGGGUUUUUUUGUAUUUUUUAUUUUGUAAUAUUGAAAACAUGGAGAUCUAACAGAUAUACCAAAUUCUAUAUUUUGUAAAUUAUAUAUAAAUUAGCAGGCAGGCUGUCCACACCGAGGUGUGGGGGGAGGUGUAUAUAACCUGUAGACUUUUGUGUAAUUUUUUUCUGUGUAAUACUCUGAACACAGACUUGGCAGUUUUCAGAUUAUCACUAUACAAUCAACCAACAACAAACAGGUGAGUUUCCAGGCUGAAUCAAUGCAUUUAAAAUGAAAAUCCAGAAAAAUCUACAACCCCAAAGAAGAGGAAAAACCCGCGGUAGUCACAGAAUUGUUCCGUGCAUCAUUCCAGCAGAGGGUGGCGGCUUCCCAAUGGAAACGGGACCUUUGAGUUUUAGCUACUGAGACGGUCUCAGACAUGUCAAAAAGAGCUCUAACCAAAUCUUCUAACUCUUAACAGGAGCUCUUAUGAGAAAAGGAAAAAAAAGCUCAUUUGAACUUUUAUUUUUAAAAAAUCCUUUUUCGUAGAUGGUCUUAACAGAAUCCUGCUGAUCCGAGAGUUGUCUGACAUUGUAACUGCCAUGUGACAUUACAAGGAACUAUGUGCUGCAGCAUCGAGUUGACUUUCCUGUAGUAAGCACUUAUUUAAACUGAUUCACAGAUUUUCAAUUUUCAGGAAUUAGGUGAUCUUCAGAAAAGAUUACGGUGGCAAGUGUGUAAAUGAGGUGGUCGACCUUAAAAUAGUGCCAUUGAUACUGUGUUGGGCAUCUUUAUCACUAGUGGGGGGGUUUCUGAAUAGUUCACUGUUAUCAUUUAUGUACCUUUUCUAGCUAUGAAAGAAAAAUCCCUUGAUAUUUUAUUAAAAAAAGAAAAUAAUUUAAAAAAAGCUAUAUUUUUUAUAUUCUAUGAGGGGAAAGUUUUGAUAUUGAAUUUGGCUAGCACUAAAAAUUACUCCAAUCUUUUGACAUUUAAUAAACUUGUUUUCCACUCUUCUCAGGGCAGAAUUAUUGUAGUACUCACAGCAUAAUGAUUGCACUAUGGUGGUGGCGAUUUCUUUUU